UGCCCGGCGCGCCGCCGCGCCACCGCGCCCGCCCGGCCCCCGGCUCCCCGCCGCGGCUCCGGAGCCAAAGCACUGCCAACAUGACGGCCCUCUCCAGCCCAGCCCUGCUGCCACUGCUGCUGCUCCUCAGCGUCCCGUGGGCUGCGAGAGCCCAGGUGAACCCGGCGGUGUGCCGGUACCCCUUGGGCAUGUCCGGCGGGCACAUCCCCGACGAGGACAUCUCGGCCUCCAGCCAGUGGUCUGAGUCCACGGCUGCCAAGUACGGACGGCUGGACUCAGAGGAUGGUGACGGCGCCUGGUGCCCUGAGAUCCCGGUGGAGCCUGAUGACCUCAAGGAGUUCCUGCAGAUUGAUCUGCGUGCUCUGCACUUCAUUACACUGGUGGGCACCCAGGGGCGCCACGCGGGGGGCCACGGGAACGAGUUCGCCCCCAUGUAUAAGAUCAACUACAGCCGGGAUGGCACUCGAUGGAUCUCCUGGAGGAACCGGCAUGGGAAGCAGGUCCUGGAUGGGAACACCAACCCGUACGACAUCGUCCUCAAGGACCUGGAGCCGCCCCUCAUCGCGCGCUUUGUCCGCUUCAUCCCUGUCACCGACCACUCCAUGAACGUGUGCCUGCGCGUGGAGCUGUAUGGCUGCGUGUGGCUCGACGGACUGGUGUCCUACAAUGCACCAGCUGGGCAGCAGCUUGUCCUUCCUGGCGGUACUGUCAUCUACCUGAACGACUCUGUGUAUGAUGGAGCAUUUGGGUACAGCAUGACAGAGGGACUCGGCCAGCUGACGGACGGGGUGUCAGGUCUGGACGACUUCACGCAGACCCACGAGUACCACGUGUGGCCGGGUUACGACUAUGUUGGCUGGCGGAAUGAGAGCACCACUGGCGGUUAUGUUGAAAUCACCUUUGAGUUCGACCGGAUCAGGAACUUCACCACUAUGAAGGUGCACUGCAACAACAUGUUCGCCAAGGGGGUGAAGAUCUUCAAGGAGGUGCAGUGCUACUUCCGUUCCGACGCCAGUGAGUGGGAGCCCAACACCAUCUCCUCGGUGCUGGUGCUGGAUGACGUGAAUCCCAGUGCCCGGUUCGUCACUGUCCCCCUGCUCCACCGUAUGGCCAGUGCUAUCAAGUGCCAGUAUUACUUUGCCGACACCUGGAUGAUGUUUAGUGAGAUCACCUUCCAGUCAGAUGCAGCCAUGUACAACAACUCAGCGGCACCCCCAGAGGCGCCCGUAGCUCCCACCACGUAUGACCCCACACUCAAGGUAGAUGACAGCAACACACGCAUCCUGAUCGGGUGCCUGGUGGCAAUCAUCUUCAUCCUGGUGGCCAUCAUUGUCAUCAUACUGUGGCGGCAGUUCUGGCAGAAGAUGCUAGAGAAGGCCUCUCGGAGGAUGCUGGAUGAUGAAAUGACCGUCAGCCUCUCCCUGCCCAGUGAGUCCAGUAUGUUCAACCAUAACCGCUCCUCCUCGUCCAGUGAACAGGAAUCCAACUCUACCUACGACCGCAUAUUCCCCCUGGGCCCGGACUACCAGGAGCCCUCACGCCUGAUACGCAAGCUACCUGAGUUCACACCGGGGGAUGAAGACACAGGCUGCAGCAGCCUCGUGAAGCCAGCCCAGGCCAGCAGCCCCGAGGGCGUUCCCCACUACGCCGAGGCCGACAUUGUGAACCUGCAGGGUGUCACGGGCGGCAACACCUACUCAGUGCCAGCCCUCACCAUGGACCUGCUCUCUGGCAAGGAUGUGGCCGUCGAGGAGUUCCCCAGGAAGCUGCUGACCUUCAAAGAGAAGCUGGGAGAAGGCCAGUUUGGGGAGGUCCAUCUCUGUGAAGUGGAGGGGAUGGAGAAGUUCAUGGACAAGGACUUUGCCCUGGAUGGCUUAGACACCAGUUCCAACCAACCUGUGCUGGUAGCUGUGAAAAUGCUGCGAGCAGAUGCCAACAAGAAUGCCAGGAAUGAUUUUCUGAAGGAAAUCAAGAUCAUGUCGCGGCUCAAGGACCCCAACAUCAUCCGGCUGCUGGCGGUGUGCAUCGCAGAUGAUCCACUGUGCAUGAUCACUGAGUACAUGGAGAACGGAGACCUCAACCAGUUCCUGUCCCGCCAUGAGCCACAGAAUCCCCCAGCCAGCAACACGCCCACUGUCAGCUACAAUGACCUGCGGUUCAUGGCUACUCAGAUUGCUUCUGGCAUGAAGUACCUGUCCUCCUUGAAUUUUGUGCACCGAGACCUGGCCACGCGCAACUGCCUGGUGGGGAAGCAGUACACCAUCAAGAUAGCUGACUUCGGCAUGAGCAGGAAUCUGUAUAGCGGGGACUACUAUCGCAUCCAGGGGCGGGCAGUGCUCCCCAUCCGCUGGAUGUCCUGGGAGAGCAUCCUACUGGGCAAGUUCACCACGGCCAGUGACGUGUGGGCAUUCGGUGUGACGCUGUGGGAGACCUUUACACUGUGCCGGGAGCAGCCCUACUCCCAGCUGUCGGACGAGCAGGUCAUUGAAAACACCGGCGAGUUCUUCAGGGACCAGGGCCGGCAGACUUACCUCCCCCAGCCUGCACUUUGCCCUGACUCUGUCUAUAAGCUAAUGCUCAGCUGCUGGAGACGAGACACUAAAGAUCGUCCCUCCUUCCAGGAGAUCCAUCGCCUUCUCCAGGAAUCAGCCAGUGAAGAAUGACUCAUUGCUCCCCCCAUCUAGCCCGGUCCCCUUCCUGUCCCCAGAAGAACCUCAUACACAAACUGAAGCCACUUCACUUGGACUUAGCAGUAAAAUCCGGGCAGCUGGUCUUGUUCUCAUUGUACAGUAACAGCCUAAGAGGAAAACCCCCAAAGCAGCAAGAAGAACCCAGGCGUAGGACAGCUUGGACUUGUUUGCUGAACUGAGCUUGGGAACGACGCGGGCUGAGACAAGCGUUAUUUAUUGAUGCAGCGUGUUCUUGGUGACAAUGGAUUUGGACAAAGUGGGUUCUCUCCCCUGCCCAGAGGGGAGGAACAUCAGCUGUAUUUUCUCCAUGAGGAAGCUCCUGGCCCGUGCACCGGGCAUGCAUCUGUGGAAGGGAUGUGCACUGGGUAUGUACCUGGCAGAGCAAAGGCUUCUGUGGAAAGACGGCAUUGAGCGACUGUGCCUAGCACAGGGCUCAGAGGCAGGGAGCACACCACAGACGUUUGCGGUGAUGUAGGAGUUGGUACUAGCUCACAGUGGGCUGUGCAAUUACAGGGCAAAAAUCAAAGCUCUCUGGACCUCUGGGGCUUUGGACAGGCUGCGUGGGUGGGUGAGGACACCCCAUUCUUGUCUCCCAGCUGCCAGUUGCAAAGGGAGAAGCCCAACCGCACUCUUAGCUCCUCACCCACUGCUAGAGCGGGCAGUGUGUCCUGCCAGAGACAAACCUGCCACCUGCCUGGGAGCACUGCCACAUAGGCACUCUGUGGCUCUUCCACAUCUGCCAGGAAGGAAUGGGCCCACCAGCACUGCUGUGACGUGCAUUGGAGGGGACCUCCUCUCAUCAGAGCUGCUUAAGUGCCAAAGAAAGGCAUUUUUGGUGCCCCGGCACCACCCCGGCACUCCCUUGUUCUCGGGCUGGGGAUUACAGCUCAGCUGAAGUGCCCAGGGUGGACUCUCCAGCCAGAGCAUCUUGUGGCACCUGGCCCUGGUCCAUUCUCUCACAAGGAGAGAUGUAGACCUUUCUGCACAUCUCAGAUCUGGCAGCUUCACGAGCAAAGCAAGCCUGUUCUGACCCCCAUACCCCACAGAAGCCCUGACAGUUUACUCGUCAUGCCCCAAAAUCAGUUUCUCCUGCAACUGGCCAGGAGGAACUUUGUACUUAGAGGGUACAUGGACCCUCUCACACUUUUGUACAUGUUAGUUCUGCACCAUCAAGUCACGCAUGGCACAGUUUCCAGUAUACUAUUGCUAAGGCAUGUAUAUAUUCAGUAGAUGCACCUACAUAUAGGGGCAAACCCAUUGAAGAGACACUUGCUACAUGA